AAAGUGGGAGUGGCGCCACGGAGGCACCCAGUACUGUGGCGUGGUGCUCGUCUGGUCACUAGCGAACCGUAGCGUACUUAGGACACCACAGUUUAUUUUUCCUUAGUGCUCCUAACGGAUAUAGAAAAUAGCGUUUGUUGCUCAACGCUUUACAUUUUUAUACCGUCGCCGGUAACUCUCCCUGUUUCACAGGUGGGGAAACGGAGGCUCACACUUACUCAGUCCUCUUGAGGUCUCUCACGAAUUCGUGAGAGGUAGAGCCUGAAUUUAAUUCUUGCCCGCCAAUGGCAUAUGUUAGAGCCUGCGUUGGGGGAGACAGCCUGCCCCAUCCCCCCCCAGCGCACGCAAUGGUUAUGAGAAGAAAGAAAGUGAGGAGCGGUCCUGAGACUGACCCCAUGACCUAUACUAGCUCAAGGCCUCUCUCUGGCUUACCAAUAAACUGCUUUGAAGUUACAGAACUUUGUACUUGAGUGCUGGAAGAGACCUUGGGAAUCCCGGGUUCCGUCCUUUUAUACAGAGGAAUGCACUGUGGGCCAGAGAUAGGAAGUGACCGGCCCACGCAGCCACUUUAGAACAUUUUUAAAAACAAGAGCCCUAGAAACGUCUAUUCCGUUCCAUUGAUCAAACAAGCUUAGCCAGAACUGGUAGUUUUACAUCUUAACGCAGAAUCCUUCUUGGUCUGCCUGGGUCACCUCCUCUUGCUGGAUUCAGCUACUGUUCAUGGAAGAAACCAUGAAGCCACAGAAGACGCGAAUGCAGAGUUUGAGUCCAGAUCCCAGAGCCCAGUACACGAGUAUCUACGGAGCCCUCAAGAGAAUCAUGCGGACCGAAGGCUUCUGGAGGCCCUUGCGGGGCCUCAAUGUCAUGAUCAUGGGUGCAGGGCCGGCCCACGCCAUGUAUUUUGCCUGCUAUGAAAACAUGAAAAGGACUUUAAAUGACGUUUUCCACCACCAAGGAAACAGCCACCUAGCCAACGGGAUAGCUGGGAGUAUGGCCACCCUGCUCCACGAUGCGGUAAUGAAUCCAGCAGAAGUGGUGAAGCAGCGCUUGCAGAUGUACAACUCGCAGCACCGGUCAGCCCUCAGCUGCAUCCGGACGGUGUGGAGGACCGAGGGGUUGGGGGCCUUCUACCGGAGCUACACCACGCAGCUGACCAUGAACAUCCCCUUCCAGUCCAUCCACUUCAUCACCUACGAGUUCCUGCAGGAGCAGGUCAACCCCCACCGGACCUACAACCCGCAGUCCCACAUCAUCUCAGGCGGGCUGGCCGGGGCCCUUGCCGCGGCCGCCACGACCCCCCUGGACGUCUGUAAGACCCUUCUCAACACUCAGGAGAACGUGGCCCUCUCUCUGGCCAACAUCAGCGGCCGGCUGUCAGGCAUGGCCAAUGCCUUUCGGACGGUGUACCAGCUCAAUGGCCUGGCCGGCUACUUCAAAGGCAUCCAGGCGCGUGUCAUCUACCAGAUGCCCUCCACCGCCAUUUCUUGGUCUGUCUAUGAGUUCUUCAAAUACUUCCUCACCAAGCGCCAGCUGGAAAAUCGAGCUCCAUACUAAAGGAACAGGCUAUGGGAAGGGAUCAUAGAAUCUUUUCUUCUUAAAGCCAUUCUCUGCCUGCAUCCAGCCCCUUGCCCUCUCCUCACACCUACAUUUUUUUGCAGGGUGCUCCCUAUGGGUCCUCUGCUCCUCGAUGCCUUAGAGGGAGGAGGGGACGGGCCAGCUGCUCACGGGAAGGCUGUCUGCAGGGACAUCCGAGGCGGUGGUGGACCAGAAAGGCUUUGGAAGGGGAGCGAGAAAUUGCUUUUUCUCUUCCUCCCUUGGCAGAAUGUAGCUUUUCUGCUUCACUGUGGCAGCCCCCUCUGUGGAUCCUCAGAUCUCACAGGAGGGAAGAAAACUUGCAGUGACUGAAAACAGUAAAAACAUUUUUUAUGUAUAUAAAAGUUACAUUACACAGUACAAAAUAGAUGGAUAAUGUUUAUCCUUUAUUUUUCUAUGUAGAAGUUUUUGAAUUUGUGUGUGUGCUUGUGCGUGUCUACACCUAGUAUUACGGCUGGGACUCUAGCUGUUUUUUUUUUUUUUUUUUUUUUUUUUUUUUUUUUUUUUUUAAAUGAGAGGGUUGAAUUCUUCCAUCAGGUGAACGAAAAAGGCACCAAAGUAAUAAAUCACUGAAUGUGGCCUGCAGCUGUGUUUUUAGCCCCUCCAGAUGGAAGUUUCACUUGAAUGUAAAAUAAUAAAAAUUGUUUAUAUUUUGAA